AUGUCAAAUGACGAAAAAUAUAAGAAUUUAAUUUUGCAGGUUAAAUCUUCAUUUGGUCAUUGGCUAUCAGACAAAGUCCUUGUUCCUUUCAAAAAUCUUCCACCAAAAACAUCAACAAAUGUUCGCAAUUCAUUAACAAAAGCAUUCCCUGCAGUCGAGCCAUAUUUGACAAAAUUAUCAGAAAGUGAAGUAUUUUCAAAAUGGGCUGCUGAUUUGGCUGGAGAAGAAGAAUUAAAAAAGAAGGAAAAGGAAGACGAAGAAAAGAAGGAUGGAGAAGGGAAAAAGAAGGAAGGAGUUAAGAGUGAAUUGUAGUGAGGAGAGAGUAUGAGAGAUAGAGAAAAGAGGAAACAGAGAAAAAGAGGGAGAGAAGCAAAGUACAAAAGGCGUAUACGUUUCAAAGCCUUAACUUGCUUCA